CUCGAGAAAAUAAUCGAUCCUUUAACAGGGAAUAAGGUAUCGGAGCAUCGACUCGUCGGUCUAACGUCUGCUGUACCUGCUGCAGAUUACUUUUCAUUCCCGUGUUGGUUUCUAAACAAUCAAUGACUGCACUGGAAUGAACGUAAUUUUCAACGUUAAUAUACAGUUUACACGCGUGUGUACACUCGAGCCAAUUAUGUCUCCUUCCGUAAUCAUCGUGUGACCUCCUAACAAACAAUGAUCCACAGCGGGAUGGGCUCUAGCACUCUUGCUUCAAAAGCAGAACAAUACCUGUACAAUAUAAAUCCUUUAGCUCAGAGAAUUGGCCAAGAUAUAACUGCAACAAAAGAGGCUUACGAGGGCUUAUGGAAUACCUUAAGCACAGCAGAACGGAAUCAAGCUAUCAAUGAGACUAUAAUUCAACCUGAGGUAGCAUUAAAGUAUACCCUGAAGAAAGUAGAACUGACCAAAGAGUUACCUGAAUGGUAUCCAAAACUACGUAUACAGACUGGAUUGAAAUAUGUCAUUGACGAAACUGGUUCUACAUUACGAUGGCGAGAUGAACAUUCUGCUCCAUUUUCAUUCAUGACACAAUCACAAAUGAACUUAAGUCUAAUAGACUCCAACGAAGAUUCCAAGUCCAAGUCAAUGAGGACUCAUUUUGGAGAGUCUCCACACUUCUCCAGUCCUAUCAAAGCGCAGAGGAGUAAUUCUUGUUCUCUGAGCGACAGUUACAGCUCUGCUCAUCAAGUCAGCUGUUACCAGUCAGAUUGUUAUGCUAGCAGUCUGUUUGAGAAUGACCAAUGCAGUGACUUAUUAACCAAUGGAAUGGAUACUGAACCCUCUGAUAGUAUCUUUGCCAAGCUCAUCAACAAGACUUCUCUGUUGAAGUUACAAAAUAACAUUGAAGAUGACAUGGAGAGUCUGGUGAGGGAAAGAGAUUCUGAUACAGACAAGAGUCAGUCGAACACUUUAGUGGUGAUGUCGCGGACGAAGUCAAGCGACAUAAACGAGUCAACUGCCUUGUUGGAAACACCAAGUUCCUACAGCAGCUUUCAGUCGACGCAAUUGAAUCAAGAAGAUGAGGAGAGAAGUAUACCAAAGACCGGAUUUGAAUUUCUCGAUAAUUGGUAAGCUUCUCCCAUUGCGGAAACGACUUCUCUUCCAGAAGGAACUGCUAAUCAUGCAUAUAUUCAAGGAAUGUAUCUGAAUUUUUUUUAUAUUAUACAAGAAAUAUAUUUGAGUGCAUGUGUGUGUGUAUGUAUGAAAGCUAGAGGCAUUAUAUAUAAUUGAUAUGCGAACAUAUUCAUAGGCGUGCGAAGAAGUGAAGUAUUUUAUAUACACAACAUGACUUUUGUAACGACUUUUUUUAUAUUUUUAUUUUGUAAUAUUUUGUUUUUUAUUGCGCUACCCGAAGUAAGACUGAUAGGAACAAUUCUCGCGUGUGUCUUCAUGAAUAUAUCUAAUUCUAUUUACAUUCUCACAGAGGGAGUCAGAAGUACAUGUUGCGCUUGGUAUGUCGAACAACGUAGCCAGUUUAGACUCGUUACCCCUUCCUUCUUUUUAUAGAAAGUGUAAUAUAUAUCGUAUUUUUUUUAUAAUCCCAAUGUAUCUCUCCUUCGUAGAGUGUAUGUGCGCUUAUAUAUAU